AACAGACAUCCUUGCGCGAAGGUCUUGAGUGAGAGUACGUCGUGUCGGGGUGAACCAUCAGCUUUCAUUCUCACGACUUCUCAAGGAAAAAUAACGAACUGCAGGACCUCACCACUUCAUACGUAUCUAUAAUUUUUUCCCACCCACGCAUAGAAAUUCGUAGCUAUCAUUAGAAAGUAGAAUUUUCCGCUGAGCGGACUACAUGUUCUCUGCUCAGACACUUUCUCAUGCUCAGCAUUACGACGUACUUUUCAAUGGAGAAAUAUUGUUGAAAAGAUUUUUGAACACGCACUUUCCUCCUGCUCUCUCAGCCGGCAUUAGCAACCACACACAAACUAUGGAGCGGCUCUAUUUCCCGGAAUCCUGCCACUGGGUGGUCCUCAUUGCCGUGACCUGGGUGAGCCACCGAAACCGGAGUAAGAUACAGGAAAAUCUCCAAGCGGAUCGGAAUGCGGACCUAGAAGAGAUAGACGAGAUUACAACUACAGCAGAGGAUGGUGCUAUAAUACGUGGCGAUAGUAGUACUAGUACAGGCCAAAAGAGCUGUACACAAUUAUCCACUGCGACAGUGCGGCGAAGAGGAACUGCGAGCAAAAAUACCGGUAUAGUUAAGUCGGGUACAACUUCAACACAGGGGUCGAACCAACAGCAUGCUGCAAAUAAAAAAAUCUCGUCCUUCUUCCAGAAAAUCCUGUCCGAUUGGCGCUCCCCGCCGACGCUGUUCGAUCUGGACUUCAGUGAGGAGAAUGCAACAGUUUCUUCGACGGAGGAGAGUAGUGAAGUGGAAGGUGGUACUUCUAAAAAUGCACAACAGCCAGGACGACCGGGAUCACGAAUAGCUGCCGUUCAUCCACCAAAAUCCGAGAACAAGACCUGUUUCGACUUCCACAAAGUCGGGAAGCAUUUCCGCUCCACUCUGAAGGCCAACGGCGUCCCGGAAUAUUUGCUUUUGAGGAAGGAGAAGUACGCGCUGCUUCCUCUAGCGGUUUUUCUCCUAGCGGAGCUCCUGGCGCUACUGGUUUUACCCCUGUAUUGCUACUUCUAUUGCGAGACGCCGAUAGCAAGCACAACAGCGGGAGGAACAACUACGCCAGGAAUUAUGGAGCUGCAUCAGGCGUCAAUGCAGGCAGCAGAACCUUCUAAACUUCAUCCAGAGACGGACGCGAGCAUCGAAAUACAAACGGCACAAGCACUUCUCGCGUUCGGCACACUCUACUCACUAUCCCUUCUCCUCUACGUCUGGACGACCUGCCGUUGGGCACUGGCGAGUUUCACGCUGUGUUCCUGGUCUCUUGCGAGUUUCAGGAUUCUGUUGGGAUUUGUAAUUUGCGUGCUUGCGUCUUCUACCAGCACUUCUCCUACGACUUCGCCUUCCGCCACCAGCACAUCAGGAGCAAUAGUACACGACGACGAGAACAUGAACAACUACCUUCCGCUCAGUAGCAAAGCGCUUCUUUUAGCGGUCACAUCCAAUCUCUUCCACCUCCUCCGCUUCCCCUCCAUCGCGCAGAACUUUAUCACCGUUGCGGUUUGGUGGGGCGUUGUUGUGCCGACGAUCGUCGUUCUCCGAUUGCAAACCUUAGGGUUAAAAAACUGGAAAAAAGCGGUGGUUCCGUGGUUGCAAGCGAAUCUCAGCCCGUUUUUUCUCAACGUGCACUUGCUGAAUUUGGGAUUGGCGGUGUUUCCGGAUAAAGUGUUUGAUCAGUUUCAUCGCGCCCUCUCCGCAGUUGACAUGAGCAUGACAUCAAAUCAUUUUCCAAAGAGCGACAGCUCCUUUACGUUACCCGACCUGUCCGCCGGCUACUUCUUCGCGGGGUUGUAUGGGUUAUUUUACAAUUUCAUACUGGAUAAUCACUACGGGGUGCACUUCUACCUCUUUCUCAAUCUCAGGACGAAAUGCAGUUGUCUCUUCUACUUUUUGAUGAUGCUCUUUUACUUUCUACUGUUUCGCAUACUGUGAAUAUGAUCAACGAGAAUAUAUUUUAGCGCAUGGAACAGGAACAACACGAUAGAUACAUUGACAUGCAAUAAACGCACGACGUGUUCUGUUGUCACCAUCAUGAAAAAAUGAAUCACCGCGCCAUCUACCAAAGAGAAAAAGCGCCAUCGACAAGAGCAGGGCGAAGUCGACCUUUGUUAAU